GCGAUUUUGAAAAAUAAUGUAAUUGCAUUUUUCACUUUUUGUGAGUGCGAUUAAAAUGUGAUGUUUUCAUAUGUGUGUAUUACGAUUGACACGGUCGUGGAUUUUCCCACUCCCCCAGAAAAAUCCCGCACAAGUCCCGGACCCUAGUGGGGGAAAAACAUGAAAAUUGCUCUUCAAAAAAAACAAACCAAAAAAACAAGAUAAAAUACUAUUACUAAUAAUGAUAAUAAUAAUUAUUAUAUAGAGCGGAACCUUGUAUUCUUGUUUGUUGCUCACUCGGACGGGAAAAGAAAUGCGCAUUCAAGACAUAAAGCACUCGAUAGCUCCCAAGGGCUAAGCGCGAGCUUCGGCUUAGCAACUCGACAACUUUAUAAGAAUCACAACAGUUCAACACGAAGCGUUCGAUUCACCCGACUUGUUAAAUGGUUAACUCACAACAUCCCCAUUUAAUGACUCCUAGUUUCGAGCUUCCUGCAUUGUAAAAUUAGCUUUAAAAAUGAUGGACGUUGCCGUUAGCACAUCUUCCCCAGACCGAAGCUAGCGUCUACGUAGCUAAUAUCUCGCGUUCCCCCUCAAUUCCUCUUCGGGUCCUCAACACUGGAGCAGUAAAUCAUGCCUACAGUGGUGUUGAUGGACGCGUCCCUGUCUAUGACGAGGCCGGUGUCACAGGACAGCAGCGAGGAGUUCCAGAGGAAGAACUUGGCCGUCCAUGGGCUCAAUAUGUUAUUCGAGCACAUGGCCUCCAACUACCGCUUGGAGUUCACCGCACUCAUGGCCUUCUCAUCCCUGUGGGAAUUAGUGGUGCCGUUUACCAGGGAUUAUAACGCUUUACAGGACGCCCUCAGCAACCUGGAAGACUAUGACAAGACGUGCGUGGAAUCAGCUCUGAAUGGUGUCAGCAACGUCGUGCAGCAAGAGUGGGGAAGUGCUUGUCCCUGUCAGGUGGUGCUAGUGACUGACGGAUCUCUCGGUAUUGGAAAAGGUUCCCUGCGUCACUCCCUGCAAUCGCUCAGGCAUCGCGGUGACGACAAGAAAUUCCCUCUGCCCUUCCCCUUCCCGACCAAAAUGUACAUCAUGUGUGUUGCCAACACAGAGGAGUUAAAGAUGACAGGUGCUUUGGACAAAUGGGAGGAGCUUCUUUGUCUAGGUGGAGGUGACGGACAGGUCUUCACUGUGGAGGGCCCACUGUGCAUGCAAGGCGUACAGGCCAUGUUUGGGAGAUUAAUUGACAGAGCCUACUGCCCCUUCCAUGCUGUCCUGCACUGCGGGAACUUGUCCGCAGACGUUCAGGUGUUCCCUCGACCUGAGCCGGUGGUGGUGGAUGAGGAGGUGGAACCUUCAGCCCGAACUGUCAAUCCAGAUCUGGAAAUCGUAGGCUUCAUUGAAAUCGCGGACAUCUCCAGUCCUCCUGUCAUAUCUCGACACUUGGUGCUGCCUAUCGCUGUCAACAAAGAUGUUGACGACGUUGGCACAGGCGGCACAGAUGAGCCGGAAGAGGAAGUGUCCGCCAGUCAAAUGGCAGGGAAAAGUCCAAAUUUCUGCGUGCUCCUCCAUGGCAGCCUAAAAGUGGAGGGCAUGGUGGCACUUGUCCAGUUGGGGCCCGAGUGGUUCGGCAUGCUGUAUUCGCAAGCUGACAGCAAGAAGAAGUCCAAUCUGAUGAUGUCACUGUUUGAACCCAGUACUGAACCUCUGCCUUGGCUGGGGAAGAUUUCCCAUUUGGGACCAAUCUCAGAGGCGGCGGAAAAUCCCUACGGAGAGGACGACAGUAAAAGUCCUUUCCCUGUGCAGCCGCCCGUCAAACGAAGCUACGCUCAGAAUGUCACCGUGUGGAUUAAAGCAAGCGGACUGCAGACUGAUGUCCAAAAGAUUCUGAGGAAUGCAAGAAAACUACCUGAUAAAACACAGACCUUCUACAAGGAGCUGAACCGUCUGCGCAAAGCUGCUUUGGCUUUUGGAUUCUGGGACCUCCUCAAAGGAGUGGCUGAACUGCUGGAGCGGGAGUGCACGAUGCUGCCCGACUCGGCUCACCCUGAUGCCGCUUUCCAGCUCUCGCACGCCGCCCAGCAGCUCAAGUUGGCCAGCACCGGCGAUUCCCAAUAUGCUGCUUUUGAGCACAACAUUGUCCCCAUGCACACUGACUUCUCAAGCUGAGCCACGUUAGACUUUGUGGGGAAAAAAAUGUACUCAAACAUGGACGACUGUGUGGACCGAGAGUGAUGUGGUGAACACCUUGUCACUUACAGGGACAUCGGCUCCCAGAACCUUGUAUGUGGAACAGCCAGUGUUGUGUCCAAGGACCGGCAACCCGAGGCCAAGGCCAAAUCCAAGGACUUGACUCCGAGGCCAAGGCCAAGGACUUGGAAAAUUUUCCGAAGCAAGGCCAAGGAUUUGAGAAAUUUUCCGAGGCCAAGGACCAAAGACUUCCCUCCGAGCCCAAGGCCAAGGACCAAGGACUGAUUUUGAAGCUGAGGACAUAUAUAAAAUAAUGAUAUCAUACCACUUGGCGGGUCUUCAUGAUUUGCAACACCCCUCCGUCAUAACCCCCUUGCACUCCCUAACGCUUGAAUGAAGUGUUUUUAUUCAAAGAGUAGAACAGUCAGGGUACGUGUUAUUUAUACUGAGAAAAACUAAAAUAAAAGCAUAUGAUAUACAUUUAUGAAUGAAUGUUUUAGUGCAGUAGUUUCUCAAUAUGAAGUAAAUCAACACUCAACAGAAAUGACAUGAAAUGACUUCGCAUAGAAGUCAAUCACUGAGUGCAGAAAAAGCGGUAAUCUCUGCAGUGAUAAUUUUAAAGUUUACCGGCAGCGAGUCCCAGGGACUCGCUGAUCAGAAAAGUAUGAGUGCCAUUAUGGAUUGAGAGAGUCCCAAAUUUCGAAUUCUGAAAUGGUCUACUUAUUCAAUUGCAUAUGAUAAUAACGCAAACAUCAACAUUUAUAUUAAGGCAU